CACCCACCGUGGACUGUUCCACCACUGACGACAUUUGAAGUAGCUACCAUCAAUGCUUAAUCUACAACGAGAUACUGUUCCAAUUCCCGGAAAACCUCACCAGUGAAGACACUAGCCAGCACAUUAUGCACGCUAUUACAAUGGAUGACAAUAUGUGCAGUAAUCUGACGGACUACCAGCAGGCAGUGAACUGUACUCUGCAGGUACAGAAGCAAUGCAGUGAUGACGCCAUGAAGCCCACGGUGGCCGACUCUCAGACAGUGCAGGACGGCUUGGCCAAACUCUGUGGUCAUAUACGGGAUUUCGACACCAAGUGCGUGCAAAAUGCACCCAAAGGAACUUGCCGCAGUAAACGCCCCGCUUUGGAUCCGAAACAUCUGUGCGCCGCCGCUAGUGCCACCCAGAACUGUCUGGUGUCAGCGGUGAGCAGCUGCAGCAAGACGACCGUCAGCAUGUUCAAGGAUGUCCUACUUAGCCAAUCCCCGUCUAUGUGUCUAAAACAGGCCACUGGGUCACCAUUGAUUGGCUAA